AUGGCCGGAAACAGUGACCCCGUGACCGAGGUGGCAGGAAACAAUGGCUUCAUGACCGGAUUGCUUGACCUCCUCAAAACCAGCAACAACGACUUCAUGAAGAUCGUCACCAUCCAGCCAAGCUCUACCACAGAACAAGUUAAUGUCAAGUAUUACCUGAGCCUCGUCGAGCAAAUCGUCAAUCAAGCUAUGGACUUUGCCAAUGAUGUUGCUGACAACACUCGGGCAAAGGGUAACCGAGGCCAGAGCAUAAGCUUGACAAUUCCUGUUGCUUUGUCAUCUAUCAUUAACAAACUGUAUGAUAAGAUUAGGGCCCUGCAAACCAACGAUGUGGAGCAAACGAUGAAAUCGCUUUUGGAUGAGUUGUCAUCCUUUUCAUGGGAUGCCAAGGCUGUGCUGACAUUAUUAGCUUUAUCCAUAUUCUAUGUCGAGAACUGGCGUCACGCUCAAAUUCAAGCAUCAGACAUCCUUUUAUGCGAAAUGGCCAGGUUGAGAGGCUUACAAACUGGCACGUCCUCCAUCACACGUCGGAUCAAGGUUUUUGUUAAUCUGAUCGAGGAGAUUUUGAAUUUCAUCAACUGUGUUGUUGAGUUUAUGAGCUACUCUAAAGACUCUGGAGAAAUGUCGGUAUCGAUUGAUAUAUCAGCCAAUUUUUAUUACAUCAUAGUCAGUGUACUUGGCUGCUCAGUUCUGUUCAGGAGCAUGAUUAGCGAGAGCAAUGAGUUCCUAGAGCAACAUCUGUCGGCCUUAUUGGAGCAGGUCAAGAAAAUAUCUGAAUCCUUCAAGAAACAAGUGCAAGAUUUUGAGCAAAAGGAGGAGGAACAUUUAUAUGAGAAAGUUGAGGAAGUUUCCAAUUCUUGUACUGAUAUUGUGGAGCUUAUGGCCGCACUGUUUUGCACCAAGAACGAUUCAUUGACAGUUUAUCAAUGUUCCGAGAGGACAACGGUGGAGGAAUUGAAGAACAAGAGCGUGAUGCUGCUUAUUUCAGACUUGAACUUGUUGAACGACGAUCUAGCCACCCUUACCGGCAUCUACCAUGCGAACAACUUCAAAAGCAAUAAUUACGAAAUUAUGUGGGUUCCUAUCGUGGAGGCACAUAAUGAGGCGAAGCAGAAGCAGUUCCUGGACAUGAGAUCUCGGAUGGAGUGGUACACAUGCACCUCCAUGGUCAGCAAGACGGCAGCAAAGUUCAUCCAGAAGAAGUGGCAAUUUAGGCAGCAGACGAAGGUUGUCGUGCUGAACCAACAGGGGAAGGUGGUGAACAUGGAUGCGAUGACGACAAUACACCUUUGGGGAUGGAAAGCCUUCCCGUUCACAGAGUCGAAGGGCUGCGAGCUCUGGAACACGCAAGGGAUCAACUGGUUCGAGCUCGUAGUGAACGAGACAAUCUACCCUUUUAUUGAACAAUGCUUUGAAAGGAAGGACCUCCUAUUCUUGUACGACUCAGCUGAAGACGCCAAGACUGUCCAUGAGAUUGAAGAAUACCUGGAGAAGAUCAACUAUUCAGUCUCCCACAUAGCCAUCAGAAUCAGCACGAAGAGAGAGCAAUUCCUGACCCGCCUCGAGAAUUGCAUUUCCUCAAAGAUGCAGGUGACUUCGGACAUCUAUGAUUCCCAGACGCAGGAGCUGCUCCAGCUCUACACCAGCUACAAGAAGCAAGGCGGGUUCGCCAUCGUCGCGAGAGGGUCGAGCGUGGUCGUCAACGCUCGUCUCACAGAUUUCGCAAUGGUGCUGUCACAGCACCAGACGUGGAUCAAGAGGGUGACUCAGAAACAGGCUUUUGAGGCCGUCUUCCAAGAGCACUACAAGCAGGUCAUUGUGAAGUCGCGCUGCCACCAUUUCUAUAUCCCCAACAUGGUUGGCAACAUACCGGAGUGCAUCAAGUGCACCGUGUGCUCUCGGCUCAUGAAGACCGCCGUCACCUUCGAGUGCUGCCAUGGUGCGCAUUGACUAGCCAAUGAGGCAUCGAGCCCAACACCUUCUGUUGGCGCUCCAGAAUAAACACGGACUGUUUAGCUCGGUCACGUUUUCACCUUAUUUCUUUCCUUGUUGGCUUGAUGUUGCUUUUGAUUAUGUGUGGUUGGAGCCUGUAACAGGGCUGUACGUGCACUGCGCAGAACUUGAUGUACUCUGCACGCGGACACCGCGUAUUAUGAAUAAAAGAUUUUAAGAUUGUGAUUGCAA